AUGCUGCCGAACCAAACUAGUCAAGAUGCACAUGAGAAAGAUGGCUCACCGGACCCCAACACUUUUUACGGACGAUCGAAUGCGGCAAACAUUGGAACGGUGACGCUCGGUAACUACAAGUUUCAACCGUGGUUCGGCAACGCCGCUUAUUUUUACCCACACGAAGGUUCUCAUGACAUGCUAGGCUAUGAGUAUGCAAACCAAGUGGCACUAGACCCCAUGUCGCGCCGGCGGUCCAAAGUACACGAGGAGGAGAAUGAAUUGUGGAUUAAUGGGUUGAAUGUGUGUGAGUAUUGCUUCAAAUACUCAGCAGCAGCAGCAGGAGCAGCGGAGGCCACCGACUAUAUCAUUGCGCAGCACACACGACGAUGUAGUUUAAACACGGCCAGACCGAAAAUUGGCCGCUUGAUAUACUACGACUACGAGAAAGAUAUCAUUGUGCGAGAGGUGCGAGGGUUCCGCGAGCCCUUGUUUUGUCAGAACUUGUGUCUAUUUGGCAAACUAUUCUUGGAGGACAAGUCCGUUUACUACAACGUCGAGCAUUUCAAUUUCUACAUCUACUACGCGAAGGAAAACACAAAAGGCAAGAGCAAUUUCAUACCAAUGGGCUUUUUUUCAAAAGAAAUGAUUCCAAAUGAGCUGUCCAAUAACUUGGCCUGCAUCUGCGUGUUCCCGCCGUUUCAAAGACGACGCAUUGGUGCGACGCUUAUUGAACUCCUGUACCGAAUAGCCAGGCACGAGUCCUACGAGUGCAGUGGUCCCGAGGUGCCCUUGUCGCCAUUUGGCCAGAUUGCCUAUUUAAAGUUUUGGUCCAAGAAAUUGGUUUCCAUUUUAACUACGCGGCGCAACGUCACCAAACCUUUUACGCUCGAGCAAUUGUCACAGCAGACUGGGUAUCGAAAGGAAGAUAUUUUGUUUACUUUUGAGCACAUGGGAGUACUUGUCGUGAAAGGCAAAAUGGACCAGGUGGUUUUGUCUUAUGCGCGUCUCCAACACUGGAUCACAGCCAACAAUUUGCAGCCACCACCAAAACCAUCACCUGCAGCAGAUGAUGAAAAUUUGAUUCAAGAAAAGUUUUUGCACCUUUGA